UCCGGCGAACCGGGAGCUGCAGAUCGUUUACAUGUUGUCUGAGUGAUGCAGCUUCCCAAUACUUCUUGACAGAUAAAACUGUGAAACGAAAAACAACAAAAACUAUGGAUAAAUACGAGAAGAUCAGAGUUGUGGGACGUGGUGCUUAUGGCACCGUCCACUUAUGCUGUCGACUCAACGACCACAAACUUGUGAUAAUAAAACAGAUCCCAGUGGAGCAGAUGACAAAGGAGGAGAGACAGUCAGCCCUGAAUGAAGUCAAAGUCUUGUCAAUGCUGCAUCACCCAAACAUUAUAGAAUAUUAUGAGAAUUUCCUGGAAGACAAGGCUUUAAUGAUUGUAAUGGAAUAUGCACAAGGGGGAACAUUGCUGGAUUACCUACAAAGCAGAAAUUCAAAUCUGUUGGAAGAAGAUGAAAUACUGAAAUUCUUUGCCCAAAUGCUGUUAUCUCUGCAACACGUCCACUCGAAGAAUAUCCUGCAUCGAGAUCUGAAGACACAAAACAUUCUCCUGGCUAAGAAGAAGGAAAUAGUGAAGAUUGGUGACUUUGGGAUAUCUAAAGUUCUCAGCAGCAAAAGCAAAGCAUUUACUGUUGUGGGGACCCCUUGCUACAUAUCCCCAGAGCUCUGUGAGGGAAAGCCCUACAACCAGAAGAGUGACAUCUGGGCUCUAGGCUGUGUGCUGUAUGAACUUGCCAGCCUCAAGAGGGCUUUUGAAGCUGCGAACUUGCCAGCCCUCAUUCUAAAGAUUAUGCGUGGGACAUUUUCACCCAUCUCCGACCACUACAGUGAAGAAUUACGUUCCCUUAUUCUUAGUAUGCUUCACCUUGACCCUAACAAGCGACCUGACAUCAACCAGAUCAUGGCACAGCCGAUUGUCAUCAAUGCACUUCUCACUCUUCACACAGACAUGGGCAAGGUCCCUUAUACCAGAAUCCAAAGACCUCUAUCCAGCAUCCCUGGCACUGGGAGGGGUCGAGUGUCGAGGGGGAUGCUGUCAUCUCGGGAAGGCCUCCCUGCCAAACCUGCUGCCCUGAGUUCUGUGUACUGCUGGGGAGGGGGGAAGACAUCCCCAGUGAAACUCCCCUUCCCUAGCUUCGAGACGCAGGUGAUAGAGGUGUCCACAGGUCGAACACAGAAGGCGGCCAUUACAAAGAAUGGCAGGCUGUUUGUGUGGGAGUCCCCCGGUGUUGGGACGGAGAUGUCAAUCCCGGGCAGUGUGGACACGGCAAGUCCAGCGUACGUCCCCCGCUACCUGGAGGGUCAGGCUGCCGUCACAAUCCAACACGUGGCCUGCGGGGAUCUCUUCAUGGCCUGCCUCACAGAUCGGGGUAUACUCAUGACGUAUGGAAGUGGUGCUAAUGGCUGUCUGGGACAUGGCAACUUAAACGAUGUCGCUCAUGCCAAAAUUGUGGAAGCGUUGCUUGGUUACGAAGUGAUACAGGUGUCAUGUGGUGCAUCACAUGUUCUGGCUGUGACCAAUGAACAUGAAGUGUUCUCCUGGGGGCGUGGCGAUAACGGUCGCCUCGGGCUGGGUACCCAAGACUCGUGCAAUAACCCCCUGCCUGUCCAGAUCCACGACACCCUCCGCCCCUGCUCAGUUCACUGCGGCGUGGACUGCUCCAUGAUCGUCACCCUUGACAACAAACUCCUGUGUACUGGCAGCAACAGGUUCAACAAGCUUGGUCUGGACGAGACUGAUGGACGGAGUGUGGAGGAGACAUCCAUCUUUACACUGGUCGCCUCUCAGCCAAUCACAAACUGCCCUGUGAAGACUGUUGCUCUAGGCACCUCCCACUCAGCGCUCGUCACAGUUGAAGGGCAAGUAUUCACCUUUGGUGCCAACCAGUUCGGUCAGCUUGGCUACGAGUCGGACUUCCCCACCAGACGACCGAACCAGGUGCAGUUUCAGCAGACAUGUAACAUCAGGCAGGUUGCCUGUGGGGAUACGUUCACUGUCGCUGUGUCCGAGGAUGGGGAGGUCUUUUCCUGGGGGAAGUCCUCGAGAGGUCGGCUUGGACGAGUUGAUGAAGAGACAAAUGUUCCAAGACAAGUGAUAUUUCCUGGGGAAGAUGUGUUUUCUGUGGUCUCAAUAUCAUGUAGCCAUGGCAACACAGUGAUUGCCACAAGACCUUUCCACAGAUCUGGUAGUCCCAUUGAAUGAAAUGAUUCGAUGCACCUGGCACAGAGACAGGGAUGCCGCCAUGAUGUCCAAGAUACCGAGGACACUUGUCAGUAGUAAUGAAGUAAUGGAAACAGCUCAAAACUGCCAUGGAAGGAUGCUGUCGUGAAAAUGAACGAUAUAUCAUCAGAUCCAGCUGAGUGUGGACCAGAUGAUACGGAUCCAGUCAUGUGGGCCCAAGACAGAACCAGCUCAUUUCUGAUCCAGUGGCAACAGCGUCUACAGAAGUGGAGCCCAAAUAUUGAAAUCGGUGAUGAAGUGGACAAAAACACAGUCAAGGGACUGCCACACUGACAGUUUUAAAUCCAAGUGUCCCCUGUGCUCUGGAUCUACCAAGUACCGCCCACAGUGAUUAUUGUUGCAGGAAACCAUAAUUUUCUCAACAUUCAUCUGGGUGAUGAUAGCUAACAGCAAACUAUCAAUGGAAAUUUUCCGUUAAAAAAUCAUACCUUUUCAUGGGGUAGAUUUGUUAGAGUGAUACUGGGAGAAGCUAAUACCAGAAAACUGCAAUGUCUGACAGCUAUCAAUGAGAAACUGAGAAGCAUUCAGUGUUGGAGGUAAGAUUCUCUUAUGUGGAUGUCCUUGGUUUGAUUCCCCACAUAAUACAAUUUAGUUCAUGUAUGUUCAGAUUUAUAGUCACCUUUGUGUAACUUGGAUUUCCGUCCAAUCCUUUAAAUGUCACUGUCCACCCUUUUGGGGCAUGUAGCAGUAUUUUUAAAAGUAUCAUAUUUUGUAACUUGAAUUUGUAUAUUCCGUCCAUUGUUAGCCAGGUAAUCUCAUCAAGUGAUUAUACAGCCAUGUUUUGUUUUACGUGUACAAAAUUGUUACUGUUUCACAUGUUAUUUUUAGAUUUAGUGGAUAUUGUUAUCAUUUGAGGGCAAGUUGUUUUUUUAUAUGUGAAUGGGUUCAAACAUAUUUUAUGUUGACCAAACAUUGUGGAAUAUGUAGAAAUAGUCAGUGUUAUCAUUGUUAAGACAAAGAUUUGACCUCAAGAGUAACCAAGCAAUUCUAAACUAUGUAAUGG